AUGUAUAUAAACUCUGAGAAUUUAUUACCAAAAUUAGAAGGAUAGGCCUUUGGUAUUGAUAUUGAAUUUAGCAAUAAUCGAAUCUGUCUUAUUUAAAUAUCUGAUGGGAAGGAAAUAUAUUUAUUUGAUCCAAUAGCUUUGAAUUUAGAAUAAUAUAUGAGAGAAUUUUUUAAAAAUGAUGCCAUAAAAAUAUUUUAUAGUGGUGCUCAAGAUUUGAAAUGGUUGAAGAAUGAAUAUUAAAUUGUGGUGAAUAACUAUUGUGAUUUAAAAGUGUUAGCUUAAAAAGAGCCAGAUUUAAGUUUGAUUGCAUUAUGGAAGAAAUAUUGUGGAGUCUAAUUCGAGAGAGAGGAUAAAAAAAGAUUAUAAAAGAGUGAUUGGUUUGCUAGACCAUUAACUGAAGAAUAAUUAUUUUAUGCUGCCCUUGAUUGUAAGUAUCUAGUUGUUCUACGGGAAAUUUUAUUGUAAUAAUACACUGAAGAGGAAUAGAAAAGCAUUCACUUCUCAACCGAUCUUAAAGAACCUAAACUCUUAAGAUAUUUAAAAAAAUAGUUGGCUGAUAAUUAAGAUGUCUUAUUACCAUAAAAGAUAUAUAGACAUAUAAAAUUCCAAGAACCAUUUUAAACAGAUGAUUUAAAGGUGAUUGGACUGAUUGAAUAAUUGACUAAAAAGCAUCAUCAAGAUUAUCAAGAAUAAAAGAGAUAAAGAUUUUUAUAAUUUUAGGAAAAGUUUACUACUCAUAAACCUGUUUAUAGUAAUUGUCGUAUUUAUAGUUUGAGUGGAUAAUAGUUAUGUUGUUGUGAUUAAAAGAAAAUAUCCUGGUAUGUAAAGAAUGGACUCGGAGAAUAUUUAGAUGAAAAGAGCAUCAAACUCAAUUUUGAUCCUGUUUGUGAAUUUGAUGAAAAAGAAAUGAAAUUUUACAAUGAGGAAAGGUCCAAUAGAUGUGUUAUUUGUGGUGCUUCUACUAAUAUAUUGAAAUACUAAAUUAUCCCUUAUAUGUACAAACAUUACUUACCUAAUCACUAUAAAUCUCACAGAGCUCAUGAUGUUGUGAUUCUAUGUGCUCGUUGCCACGAAAAAGCCUCAGCUCAACAAGAUAAGAAAAGGGCUGAGAUAGCCAAAUUGUAUGAAGUUCCUUUAUAGCAUUAUGGAGAGGAAAAGUUAGUCGUUGAUAAAUUGAGUCAUGUUCUUAAAAAAUAUGAGAGUCUGACAAAAGCAGGUAAGCAUUUUGAUAUGAUGCAAUAUGAAGAUAUCAGAAAUCAAUUUAAAGACCUCAUCUAAUUACCUGCUGAAUUUGAUAAGUAGGAGUUGACAAAAAUUAAUGAUAAAUUGAAAAAGGAGUUAAAGAAUUCACAUGGAGAAGCUGUAGUUAAAAAAUUAGACACUGAUGAGAAAAUCGAAGAAUUUAUUAUGAUUUUCAGAAAACAUUUCUUAUCUUCAAUGGAUCCUUAAUUCUUACCUAAAGAAUGGGCUAUAGAUCAUAGAUUUAAAAGAAAUUUUGGCGAGAAAUCAGUUUAUUAUUAGAAAGAAGAAUAGAAUGACUAAAAUAAAUAGGAUAUCCAACAAAUGGAUUAGUAAUUAAUUUAGAAAUGA